AUGUUUGAUUCCGCUUUCCAAACAUUAUCGCAGCUAAAUGAAGUAAUCAACCCUGAAUUAUCUUUCUUAGAUAUCACCACGCUCACGUUUGAAGCUGUGGUGGAAGUCAUUAUCAUAUGUUUUGCCGGAUUCAUUGCCGCUAAGACCGGCUUGUUGUCUCUUUCUGGACAAAAGGUCAUAUCUGCCUUGAAUGUGGACUUGUUCACACCAUGUUUGGUUUUUUCCAAGUUGGCGCCGUCGCUCUCCUUGCAGAAGAUGGCUGAAGUAGUUAUCAUCCCAGUGUUUUAUGCCUUAUCUACUGGGAUCUCGUUCUUGUGUUCAAGACUCGUUGGCUCAGUUUUGGAAUUGAACGAGCCAGAAACUGACUUUGUUACUGCCAUGGCCGUAUUCGGUAACUCCAACUCCUUGCCCGUGUCAUUGACGUUGUCCUUGGCGUACACUUUACCCGAUUUGUUGUGGGAAGAUAUUGAUGACGAUACUGCGGACAAAGUAGCCUCUAGAGGUAUAUUGUACCUAUUGAUUUUUCAACAAUUGGGACAAAUCUUGCGUUGGUCUUGGGGUUACAAUAAAUUGUUGAGGAAACGCUCCGUAGAAGAAUUAACAUCGUACGGGGGUGAGGUAGAUGUUGAAAGGCAAAUAGAAGCUGCAUCUUCAUUGCUGUCCACUGAAGUGGCGGAGAGAGUUUUGAAUCACAGUUCUCUGGACCCUGAUGAUGGCGCCUUAUACAUUGCCACCUCAAACGAUAACUUGAUCAACAAUUCUUCAAGCACGGUUAAUUACUUGUCCAGUAGCGGAGAAGAGGAAUCUACAGACACCUAUAAACCGAUAAUUGUAAAGUCUAGAUAUAAGUUAUCGAAAAUUUGGAGUUUUAUUUGUAAGAACUCCAUCGUUGUGGGAUUUCUUAACUUUAUGAAUCCUCCACUUUAUGCUAUGCUCAUCUCCAUCAUUGUUGCCUCAGUUCCAUUCUUACAGAGACAGUUCUUUACUGAUGAGACCACUUUCGUCCACAAUACAUUAUCCAAUGCUAUUAAGCAAUUGGGUUCAGUUUCCAUUCCUUUAAUUUUGAUUGUGUUGGGAUCUAACUUAUACCCAUCCAAAGAUCUCCCACCUGCUUCAAGACACUACAACAAGAUUGUUAUUGGUUCUCUUCUUAGUAGGAUGAUCCUUCCACCGUUGAUUUUACUUCCAAUUAUCACGUUGUGUGUCAAAUAUAUAAAAAUUUCCAUUCUUGAUGAUCCAAUUUUCCUUAUCGUUGCAUUUAUCUUGACGAUCUCACCUCCAGCAAUUCAGUUAUCUCAGAUCGUUCAAUUGAACAACAUAUACCAAAAAGAAAUGUCCGGUGUUUUGUUUUGGGGUUACGUUAUUUUAACAUUGCCAACAACUAUUGUCAUUGUAGUUACAAGUUUAGAGGUUUUAGAAUGGGCCAGGUAUUAG